UAUUCGUUUCGUUGUGUGUGCAUUUCGGCUCCAAUAAUUUUCACAAGUGUAACAAAUAACUUAAAAAGUGGAAGUGAUUUUAAACAUAAACUUUUGGAACGUUUUACAAAAAUAAUUUCUAAAACUCCAGCAUUUAAUAAAAUUAUUGUACAGGCAGAGACAGAUAUUAAUAUGCUCCAAAUAUUGCCGGUGGACUAAAAUGAAGAAUAAAUUUAAGAAGUUUCGAUCAAAAAAAGCUUCCAUUUUCAAUAGACAAAAAAAAAACUUCGGUAGUCAUGUAAAAGAAAAACGUAAUUAGUAAAAAAAGCCAUUGAAAAUAGUAAUCAUUGUUAAUCACAGCGAAAAAAACAUUAUUAAUUAAAUAAAAAAAGGGCACACAUUUCUGUUGGAGGUGUUAUUCUUUGUUUGAGGAGCAACAAAUUGUAUAAGUUUUGUGGUGAAAUAAUAAAAAAUAAACGAUAUCAAUUGUCUAAAAUAAAUAAACGACCAUGAACAACGGUUUUAGUACAGGUGAGGAGGACUCAAGGGGAGGCCAUACAGAUCAAACUUGUUGUUUGAUUGAUGAAAAUGAAAGAUGCAAUAGACCAGCGGGUAAUGCCAGCUACAGCAAACGUAUACAGAAAACCGUGAAGGACAAACGUUUAAAAUUGAGCAGUGAUCCAACAUCUCAACACAUCUACAUCUGCGAUUUUCAUAAAGAACGCAUUCAAUCGGCACGCUCAAAAAGAAGACGCAAGGAGUCCGAAGAUGAUAGUAAUGAUACUGACAUCGACCUGCCCGAGGUGCCCGAUCUCUAUCAAUUACAAGUCAAUACGUUAAGACGCUACAAACGCCAUUAUAAAUUACAAACACGACCCGGCAUGAAAAGAGCCCAACUUGCUGACACCAUCAUGAAACAUUUCAAAACAAUACCCAUCAAGGAAAAGGAAAUUAUUACCUACUUCGUUUAUAUGGUUAAAUCCAAUUCGAACAAAUUGGAUUUAAAAAAUGGUAUGAGCAAUGAUACAACUUAAGUUCUAGGAUUUUAGGAGCGUCUCUGCAGUAGAAGUACUGGUGCUCUUUAUUAUACAUAAAUAUAUGUAUAUACAUAUUUUUAAUUAAUCAUAAUAUGGUAACGUUUUAAAUAAAUUCUUUAAAUUUAAGCAAUUGUUACGUUUAAGUCACUCAAUAAUUUUUGUGUAAUAUUUUAUAUAAAAAAAAUAUUUUUUUUUUUAUUUUUACCUUAAACUUAGAUCUAAAUGGUUUAAAAUACAGCUUUUAACAAAAUGAGACAGCUGUAAAUUAAGAUUUUUAUCAUGUUUUUAUAUUCAAUCAUUUGUAUUGAAGUUUUCUUAUAUAUUUCAUACUUUUUUCUGAAAUCCGCAAGCAUUAUGCGUGGAAAUUUAAAUAUUUUAUAGGAAAAAAGUAUCACAUGAAAGAAAGUUAAAGCGAUAAUAAAAAUUGUGGCAAUAAACAUGAUCUUAUAAAUACUAA